GCACGUGCUAAAGAGUCAUUCUGUCCCACUUCCUUCCUCUCUCCCUCCCACCUUCCAACAGUCCAGAGCUCCAGUUCAAUUCGAUCGCCCUCGUUCUGCUCUGCUGUGCCGUGCCGUGCCGCGAAGUGAAAAGCUGUGUACUCGAAUCACUAAUAAGAUCUAUAAUUGGGAGAAAAAAGAAAGAAAAAGGAAGGAAGGAUAUCAUCUUCUUCUCCCAUUAUACUUCCAGAUGCCUAAUGAUGCAGAGAAUCCCAAAGGUGUUGAGACAGAGAAAAGCACAGGCAGUAUUAAUCCCUCUUCUGAGGUCCCAGUAAAAUGGUAUGAUAGAAUUUUCCAACAGGCAUCGGUAUAUGGAAUAGCUGCUGGCUAUUGCAUUUCAGCAUCUCUUCUCUCAAUCAUCAACAAAUGGGCAGUCAUGAAAUUCCCAUAUCCUGGGGCACUGACUGCCUUGCAGUACUUUACAAGUACUGCUGGCGUCCUUCUCUGCGGGUGGCUUAAACUUGUUGAGCAUGACCCACUUGACCGAAUGACCAUGUGGCGCUUCCUACCUGCAGCAGUAAUAUUCUAUCUCUCCCUCUUCACAAACAGCGAGCUACUUCUCCAUGCUAAUGUUGACACCUUCAUUGUAUUCCGUUCAGCAGUCCCCAUUUUUGUUGCAAUUGGGGAGACUUUCUACUUGCACCAGCCCUGGCCAUCAAUCAGGACAUGGAUCUCACUUGCUACCAUCUUUGGUGGAAGUAUACUUUAUGUUUUGACAGAUUACCAGUUCACAUUAACAGCCUAUAGCUGGGCCGUGGCGUACCUCAUUAGCAUGUCAGUGGACUUUGUGUACAUAAAGCAUGUGGUGAUGACAAUUGGCCUUAACACAUGGGGUCUUGUGCUGUACAAUAAUCUUGAGGCCCUCCUCUUGUUCCCAUUGGAGCUACUAAUUAUGGGGGAACUAAAGAAGAUAAAGCAUGAGAUUACAGACGAAUCAGAUUGGUAUUCAGUAGGGGUGGUAUUUCCCGUGGUUCUGUCCUGCUUGUUUGGUUUAGCCAUCUCCUUCUUUGGGUUCUCAUGUCGGAGGGCAAUCUCAGCAACAGGAUUCACAGUGCUGGGUGUUGUAAAUAAGCUCUUGACUGUUGUUAUCAAUCUAAUUAUCUGGGACAAGCAUUCAUCACUUCUAGGGACAGCUGGGCUAUUGAUUUGUAUGGUUGGUGGAGUUAUGUAUCAGCAGUCAAGUAGCAAGCCUAGGGCUCUUACAGAAGCAAAAGCACAAGAAAGUGAAGAGGAACAACAGAAGUUACUUGAAAUGCAGAGUGACCCAGAAGAAAACGUUUCCAUAAAGGAGGUUGGGGAUUCAGGGGAGUCGAAAUGAGGGGGUCAUUUUCCCCUUUUCUCUGUUCAAAGCAAAUGUAGGCAUUCUUUGGGCCAUUGGAAAAGUAAAGAAAGCUUCUUUUUUCUCCUCCUUCCCCCUCCCCCCUUUCUUGGGUUUCAAUUCCAUUGGUGGCUAAUUAGGCCAAAUGGAAUGUGAUGUGGCAAUUUUAACUUUUUGAAUCAAAAGAAUGGUUUGGAUUUGCCACAAAA